CGGUGGAAGUUUCGCGCCGGCUGCGGCACUCAGCCCUGCGGGCUGCCGAGCUGGCCGCUGCGUGCUUCUGCCACUCGGGGCUGCAGACAAAGCCUCUCGGCUGGCUGCACCCGUCGAGCUGUGUUGGACCCGUUGCUGACUCCUCUCAGCUCCGUCACGGUCAAGAGCGGAGAGAGGAGGGAGGAAGAACAAAAAGCCGAAGGAAUUCGAGCAUGCAGAAAGCGGAGAUGGCUGAGCUGCCGGACAGCUCUCCGGACCCCGGCGAUUGACCCGGCCCCACCGACAAUGAUACACACCGUGACCAUGCCUCGUAGCCCAACGUCAAGUGAAGAUGAAAUGGCACAAAGCUUUUCUGACUAUUCUGUUGAGUCUGAAUCAGACAGCUCCAAAGAGGAAACUAUUUAUGACACAAUCAGAGCAACUGCAGAGAAGCCAAGCAGCAGGAUGGAGGACAGUCAGAGCAACAUGCUGGUGAUUCGGGUUAUCAUACCCGACCUGCAGCAAACGAAAUGCAUCAGGUUUAACCCAGAAGCUUCAGUGUGGGUUGCAAAGCAACGAAUUUUGUGCACUUUGAACCAGAGUUUGAAAGAUGUGCUGAAUUAUGGACUGUUCCAGCCUGCAAGCAAUGGCAGAGAUGGGAAGUUCCUGGAUGAGGAACGGCUUCUGAGGGAAUACCCACAGCCAGUGAAUAAAGGAGUUCCUUCCCUGGAGUUUCGCUACAAGAAGAGAGUGUACAAACAGUUCAGCCUGGAUGAAAAGCAGCUGGCCAAGCUCCACACCAAGGCUAAUUUGAGAAAAUUUAUGGAUCACAUCCACCACCUCUCAGUGGAAAAAAUCACAAAGAUGUUGGACCGAGGACUGGACCCAAACUAUCAUGACCUGGAAAGUGGAGAAACACCCCUGACGUUGGCAGUGCAGCUUGACAAUACAGUAGAAGUCAUAAAAGCUCUAAAAAAUGGAGGAGCACAUUUGGACUUCAGAGCCAAAGAUGGAAUGACAGCUCUGCACAAAGCAGCCCGAGCCAAGAACCCAGCAACCCUCAAGACCCUUUUAGAGCUCGGGGCGUCUCCCAACUACAAAGACGGCUGCGGGCUGACGGCGCUGUACCACACGGCCGUGGUGGGGGGGGACCCCUGCUGCUGCGAGCUCCUGCUGCACGAACACGCCACCGUCGGCUGCAGGGACGAGAACGGCUGGCAAGAGAUCCACCAGGCGUGCCGCUACGGACACGUCCAACACCUGGAGCACCUCCUCUUCUACGGUGCCGACAUGGGUGCGCAGAACGCCUCGGGCAACACCGCGCUGCACAUCUGUGCCCUCUACAACCAGGAGAGCUGUGCCAGAGUGCUGCUGUUCCGGGGAGCCAACAAGGAGAUGAAGAAUUACAACAGCCAAACUCCAUUUCAGGUGGCUAUAAUAGCGGGAAACUUUGAGCUUGCUGAAUAUAUCAAGAAUCACAGGGAAGCUGAUAUUGGUUCCUGCUUCCCAUAUCCAAGUAGAAGUCCCUGGAAUUUGUUGCUGUCAGUGCCCUUCAGGGAGGCUCCCACCUACUCAAACAGGAGACGGAGACCUCCAAGCACCUUGGCAGCACCUCGGAUCUUGCUGCGUUCCAACAGCGACAACAAUCUGAACAUCAACAACCUCCCCGAGUGGUCAGCCUCCUCCUCUGCUUCUUCACAUCGCAGCCUUUCACCUCACCUGCUUCAACAGAUGCAGAAUAAUCCUAAUGGAACUGUAAAAACUGUGGGCAGCUACACUGCGUCCUCCAGGAGCCGCUCCCCAUCCCUCAACAGGCUGGGAGACGAUGCCAGGCGACAGCAGCACAGGCACAUCAGUGCUGUUUACAGUCCCGGUGCCAACAAGGAUUCUCUGUCUGCCUUGGAUUAUCAGGGUCCCAAACGCAAGCUUUACAGUGCUGUACCUGGAAGACUUUUUAUUGUUGUAAAGCCAUAUCAGCCUCAAGGAGAAGGGGAAAUACAUCUCCACAAAGGAGACAGAGUCAAAGUUCUGAGCAUUGGUGAAGGUGGAUUCUGGGAAGGCAGCACCCGGGGCCAUGUUGGAUGGUUUCCUGCCGAAUGCGUUGAAGAGGUCCAGUGUAAACCAAGUGAAAGCAAAGCAGAAACACGAACAGAUAGAACAAAGAAGCUCUUCAGACACUACACGGUGGGAUCUUACGACAGCUUUGAUGCUUCCAGUGACUGCAUCAUAGAAGAAAAGGCAGUGGUCCUGCAGAAAAAGGACAAUGAAGGAUUUGGAUUUGUGCUCAGAGGGGCAAAAGCUGACACACCAAUUGAAGAAUUCACCCCAACUCCAGCCUUUCCUGCUUUGCAGUACUUGGAAUCUGUGGAUGAAGGGGGAGUAGCAUGGCAAGCUGGCCUGAGAACUGGAGACUUUUUGAUCGAGGUUAAUAAUGAGAAUGUAGUGAAAGUUGGCCACAGGCAGGUGGUGAACAUGAUUCGGCAAGGGGGCAAUCACCUAGUUCUUAAGGUGGUCACAGUAACCAGGAAUCUUGAUCCAGAUGACACAGCUAGAAAGAAAGCCCCACCGCCUCCUAAGCGAGCUCCAACCACUGCGCUGACCUUGCGCUCUAAGUCCAUGACCUCAGAGCUUGAAGAGCUUGCUUCAGUACGGAAGAAGAAGGAUAUUCUCCCUUCACAUUUUGAAGGUUUGAAGAAGAGGAUUGUUUUUCGAGUCACACUAAAUAAGGUGGAUGAAAUAGUGCCAGUUUCCAAGCCAUCAAGAAUUGCAGACAAUGCAACUGUGGACUCCAGAGUGGCAACUAUUAAACAGCGGCCUUCUAGUAGAUGUUUCCCUUCAGCUGCAGAUAUGAAUUCCAUGUAUGAGAGACAGGGUAUUGCUGUGAUGACGCCCACUGUACCAGGGAGUCCUCAAGGUCCUUUUCUGGGUAUACCUCGGGGUACAAUGAGAAGACAAAAAUCUAUAGGAAUAACAGAGGAAGAACGGCAGUUUUUGGCUCCUCCUAUGCUCAAGUUUACCAGAAGUCUUUCGAUGCCUGACACCUCUGAAGAUAUUCCACCUCCACCACAGUCCUUACCUCCCUCACCACCACCACCUUCUCCUUCACUGUACAACUCUCCCAAAUCCCCAACAUCAAGGAGCUAUGGAACUAUCAAACCUCCAUUUAAUCAGAAUUCAGGUUCAAAAAUCUCUUUGGUUAGGCCUGAGAAUGUAGGGACAAUGAUUAGGGACAAAGGGAUCUACUUCAGACGAGAACUGGAUCGAUACUCCCUGGACUCUGAGGACCUGUACAGCCGCAGCGCCGCGUCCCAGGCAAACUUCAGGAAGCGGGGCCAGAUGCCAGAGAAUCCCUACUCCGAGGUCGGGAAGAUCGCCAGCAAAGCCGUGUACGUGCCGGCCAAGCCCGCGAGGCGGAAGGGGAUGCUGGUGAAGCAGUCCAAUGUGGAAGACAGUCCAGAAAAGACCUGCUCCAUUCCCAUCCCAACCAUCAUCGUGAAAGAGCCAUCUACCAGCAGCAGCGGGAAAAGCAGCCAAGGGAGCAGCAUGGAAAUCGACCCUCAGUCUUCAGAGCAACCCGGGCAACUCCGACCUGAUGACAGCUUAGGUGUCAGCAGCCCGUUUGCAGCAGCCAUUGCUGGAGCUGUGAGGGACAGGGAAAAGAGGCUGGAAGCGAGGCGCAAUUCUCCGGCUUUCCUUUCCACAGACCUAGGAGAUGAGGAUGUUGGACUAACGCCACCAACACCACGGAUGAGGCAGUCAAAAUUUACCGAUGAAGCAAUGUUUAGCAGCGAAGAUGGUUUUAGACAGCUGAUGUCACCAUCUCCAAUUCCUGCACCGAGAGAGCCUGAAAAUCUUUUUAAUAGCAGUGAGCCCAGCAGUCAAAGUGAUCCAAGGACAUUGAAUGCUUCAUCCAAAAUGAAAGGUACUGAGAACAGUACAGUGGCAGCUAAGCCCACCAACGCGCCCAGCCCGGACAGUUACGUGCACCCGGUCACGGGGAAGCUGCUAGAUCCAAACUCCCCACUAGCCCUCGCUCUCUCUGCCAGGGACAGAGCCAUGAAAGAACAAACGCAGCAGAUUCCAGGCAAAGGGGACAUUGUUAAAGCUGACCUUAACAAACCACUUUACAUCGAUACGAAGCUGAGACCCAAUAUUGAAACGACUUUUCCUGUCACUGCCACCGUCAGUAGGCAAAACACCCGCGGCCCACUCAGACGGCAGGAGACUGAGAACAAGUAUGAGACAGAUGUGGGGAAAGAGAAGAAAGCAGAGGAGAAGAAGAACAUGUUGAUAAACAUUGUGGAUACCUCGCAGCAGAAGUCUGCUGGCUUGUUAAUGGUUCACACUGUGGACACCGCAAAGUCAGAUGAUUCGCCUCAAGAUGAAGAGGAGAAGACAGCUGAGCUGGAGCCGAACCCCGAAGAGUCCCUACCAGAGAGGCCAGAGGGGAGCGCGGAAGCGGAGGGUGAGCUGAACGUGCCUGCAGCGCCCGAGCCCCCGGCAUCCCCCUGCAAAACCAUCGUGGCGGCGAGCUCCGUCGACGACCCUGUCAUCCUGCCCUUCCGCAUCCCUCCUCCGCCCCUGGCAUCAGUGGACAUCGAUGAGGAGUUCCUGUUCACCGAGCCACUGCCGCCCCCCUUAGAGUUCGCCAACAGCUUCGACAUCCCCGACGACCGCGCAGCUCCCGGCACGGCACUGCCGGACUUGAUGAAGCAGAGGAAGAACGACACGCCCGCACCCGCACCCUUUGCCCCCAGCCAGCCAGCCAAUUCCUUAGACAGUAAAAAGCAAGUGGGUCUGUCAAACUGUUUGCCUGCCUCAUUUCUGCCACCCCCUGACAGCUUUGAUAACGUCACUGACUCUGGCAUCGAGGAGGUAGACAGUCGGAGUAGCAGUGACCAUCACUUAGAGACAACCAGCACUAUCUCAACAGUGUCCAGCAUCUCCACCUUAUCCUCAGAGGGGGGUGAGAACGUGGAUACUUGCACAGUCUAUGCAGAUGGGCAAACAUUUCUGGUGGACAAGCCCCCAGUACCUCCUAAGCCAAAAAUGAAGCCCAUAAUCAACAAAAGCAAUGCACUUUACAAGGACGCGCUGAUCGAGGAAGCUGUGGACAGCUUCGUGAUCCCUCCUCCCGCGCCGCCCCCGCCCCCAGUCAGCGCGCAGCCCAGCAUGGCCAAGGUGGUUCCCCAAAGGACAUCUAAGCUGUGGGGCGACGUGCCAGAGGUGAAGAGCCCAAUCCUCUCGGGCCCCAAGGCUAACGUGAUUAGCGAGUUGAACUCCAUACUACAGCAGAUGAACAGAGAGAAAUCCUCAAAGCCAGCGGAAGGACUGGAGUCGCCCACGGGAACAAAAACUGCCAGUCUCAGUACAAGGAGCACGGAGGUCAUGAGUACUGUCUCAGGUACACGAAGUACAACAAUCACUUUCACUGUCCGACCUGGAACCAGCCAGCCCAUCACUCUGCAGAGCAGGUCCCCAGACUAUGACAGUAGGACCUCAGGAGCGAGACAUGCUCCAAGCCCUGUGGUUUCACCAACAGAGAUCAAUAAAGACAUCAUGCCUGCUCCUCUGAGUGCUUCUGCUUCGGCUUCAUCUCCUUCUCCAACUCUGUCCGAUGUAUUUAGCCUACCCAGCCAGCCCCCCUCCGGGGACUUAUUUAGCUUGACCACAGGGCGCAGCAGGUCUCCUUCUCCCUCGAUACUACAACAGCCAAUCUCAAAUAAGCCUUUUACAACUAAGCCUGUCCACCUGUGGACUAAACCAGACGUGGCAGAUUGGUUGGAAAGUCUAAACUUAGGUGAACAUAAAGAAACAUUUAUGGACAAUGAAAUAGAUGGCACUCAUUUACCAAAUCUACAGAAGGAAGAUCUGAUAGACCUUGGAGUGACUAGAGUUGGGCACAGAAUGAACAUAGAAAGAGCUUUGAAGCAGCUGCUGGACAGAUAAGAAUAGCUCCUUUGCCUCACAAACUUCUGUUGAUAAACUAGAGAUGGGCUGGUACUGAAAUACCCCAAAUGCCUUUGUCUGUCUUUGAGUGCCAGCAAAAUUGGGGGGAGGGGGAAAACCAGUUCAGUUCCUGGUACUCAGGGAAGGCAGACUGUGUGCUACAUGCCCAAACUAAACCAAACCACAAUACACAAGUGGGGCCAUUUUCUUUCAAAGUUGUGGGGAGAUAUGAGAGAGAGAGAGAGAGAGAAAAUUGUUAACUUCAAAACCCUGCCUCUCGGUGACGCCCUUCUGCUGGAACCCUUCCUUGCCACUUUUCUUUCCCGCUGCGUUUCCUUUUUUUAUGGAAAAGUUCUGGAUUCUCUCCUUGACAGUCUCCAGGCAGGCUUCCCUCCCCAGCCCUUAGCUCACUUGAAGAGGACAGAUGACUUCAUUACCAUUCAAGUCCAGCUUUAUUGGCAGCAGGGGCCCAAUAGCGAGGUAGAGGAGUUCCUAGUGGCGGCUUUUGCCAGCUCAGCUCCAGGAUUUGUUGGCAGUGCAGCUGGUGGUUCUGCUGGAACUAGUUCAAAGGUAACCUUGCUCUGUUUUACCUGGUGUUUCUUUAUUUCUGCAGUUACACUUAGCACUCUUCCAAGGUGGCAGAACAAGUUCAAUACAUGCUCCGUUGGCUUGACCUGUAAGAUGAGCAGGGGCUUAGGAAGUUCCAUCUCAACGUGAGGAGGAACUUUGGAGUCACUCAGAACCCAGCCAGACACCAUCCUCUGCAACCUGCUGCAGGCAAACCUGCACUGGCAGAGAGGUUGGAUUAGGUAAUCUCCAGAGGACCACUCCAACCCCUACCGUUCUGUGAAUCUGUGAUGCAGAUGUUGCAUGGGAACUGAGGAGGAAUGCGCACUUAGAGGGACAACAAAAUGAAGCUAGUUUGAACCUGAGACCCCCCAGUUUUCAACCAGCUGCUGCUGACUUGCACUCUGAACUCCACAACAUUCAGGCCCAUCUUUUGGACUUGAGAGCCAGGGAGGCUGACCCCGGAGAGCUGCCAUUUAAUUCAGCAAGUGCUCGGCCGUUUGGAACAGCAGGCCCAGGAAGAAGCAGAUAGAGGAAUGUUCCCACUGAAGCCAGAUGGAAGGCUGCCAGGGUUUUAAGUGUGAGGGAUUUCAGCUUGUUGGCAGAAAGGGAAAUGUUUCAGCUUGCUAAAAAGGCAAAAAAAGGUGAAAAGGUAGUGCCAAGCUGGGAAGAGGCAUGGGGCCUUGCAGCCUGCCUGUGUUGCAAGGGCCAGCGGAGCCGGGGAGGUGUCCGGCUUCUCAUUUUUAGCACUGUUAAGAGGUGCUGGCUUCUUGACAAGGAGAGCAGACUGAGCACUUCAGCAGGGCUGGAUGCUGCCACCAGGCUCCAGCCAUUUCUUUGCAGGGUUGUUAGUGAGAUGCUGCUAGAAACCAGGCGACCGUGGCCAGCCGUGGACUGGGCAGGGGUAGGAGAGCUCCAGAGCUUUCCAGGAGACUUCGGUCAGCUGGGGAGGAAGACACAGGCUUGGUUAAUCUGACUUCUUUUUUCUUUUUGUUCUUCUCUUCUUUUUAAAGUUAACAAGUCUCUCUCUGCAUGUUUGAACUCCCCCUGUAAUUAACACCUCUGACUGUCUCUGAGUUUUCUAGGUCUUUCCUGACACGAUACCCAAGCUGUUUGAGGUGGGUACAUUGUGUGUGGAUGGCUGACUGCCUAUCUACCAUACUUUUCAGGUUCCCUUACAUUUUGCAAGGUACCUGAACUUUCUUUCCUUGAUAUGGUCCUUGAUAUGGUCCAGCCUAUCUCUAAUUUUUUUAUUGUGAUUAUUUUUUGCUCACAAACAAGUGUCUAAUUAGGUCUGCAACAGCCCUAGUAUGAGUACCUAAACUUUAGCAUUUUAAAUAUCUUUCUUUACUGCAAGUUUAAAUAGUUGUACAGAUAGUUUAUAAGCACAAUAUUUUAAGAAAAUAAGUGGCUGGUCUACUGGGCAGCCUUUGUGCCACUUCAGUGCUAGGAAGUUAAACAACAACAAAAAAAAAGAAAAAAAAAGAACAAAAAACAGCAAACACUUUUGUGGUUUACUACUAUUUCUGUGGAAUAACGAUAAAGUCUUGACCUUUUUAAAAACCAACCUCAUUUGGAUGCAUCUGAACCAGCAGAGCUGUGUUAUAUUUUCUAUCUUUGCUAGAACUUCUACAAAGCAGGAUGAAUAUUUCUUCAGAAGUGGUUACAGUCACCGACACAAAACAGCUCCCUCAGCCUCCCGCCCCGGUACGGCACAGCAAACCUUUUGGCUUUAACACCUCUUACUGCGCUCUCUUUGUAUUUGAAUGCUCCGAGCAACCCUGUCACAGCCCCCCGAGUCCUGAGGCAUUUUACUUUCAGGGUCCUGACUUUUUCCACAGGUGGCGUAGCAAAGGGCGGUUUCCUUCAGGUAGUGGAUGCAGGCAGGGGGAGGCCAGCCAAUGCCUUCAGGAAGUGUAGAAAUGGUAACUCCUAGCCAUCGUUGUCUUCCAUGUGGUGACCUGACAGACUUCAGUAACUAAACCACUAAUGCCAUGCUCUCCUGGGUCGGGUUUCUUUGGGUACAGUUGCUAUUACCUCUAUGGCACGUGCCAGAACGUACAGCAGAGGCUGCGCUAGCAGAAGUAGAGGUUGGCUCUUGAGCUGCUUUUUAGUCGCAACCUGCCUCUUGAGUUUGGGUUGAACGAGUGCUGCUACACCCAGUAAAUUCCAGUUGACAGGAGUCCCUUUCUCACGCAGGAGCCUUUGUUGCUGGUGUAUCUCUUCAGGCCCUGAAAGCCUAGGGACAGCAGCAGUAGCAGACGAGGUUUAAGACAUUAAAGAGCUAACAAAGUAGUUUAUUUUUCUCCUCGUGUCUUACAAAGCAAAGGUGAGGAGACCUGGGAGGAGCUGCUCUCAGCGCGCCUGCCAAGAUCUCUAGCUGUGUGUGGCCAUCUUGCUGCAGAAAGCAAUAGUAACAGAGACGUUGCCUCCGAGUCUUUCCAUCAGCCUGGAAAUGUUGGGGGGGAGAGGGAAGCCCCACUUAUUUCAUGCUACUCCGAUAGUGAAAACCAAGUUGUUAGAGCUCUCUGAACUCCGUUACGAUACUCUGGGUUUUAGGCUUCACUUUUGUUUCUCGCCUGUGACUGGAACCGAUCGCGCUCCCAUGCCCUAGUUUCUGUAAUAUUUGUGUAUACAAGACCAAAACCUUACCAGAUGUAAAUUGUGUAUAACUGCAGAGAGCCCUGCCCCGGGGCUCUGAGAACACUUUCAGUUGGGUUCAUAUAUGAUACAAUGACUAGAUGUGACUGUUGAUUUACAGAAUUUACAUAUCACGGCAGUUAAUUAUUUGUGCUACUUAAGUUAAUAAAAAUAGUGAACUAUUACUUUAUUUUCCCUCAGUUCCUGAGCAAGCAUUACCCAGUUGAUCUGGCGAUGACUAUGUGUAUGAGCCACCGAUAUUGACCAUUUUUCCAUUGCAUUUUGUUUCUUUUCUUUUCUAGGUAUGACUCUGUUCCUCGCUAUAGUUUGUGUAACAAUUUGUGUUCACGUUCUCUAUGUUGCUGUAAUUUUUGUGCUUUAAUUCCUCUUAUUUCAACUGGUUUAAAAAAAAAAUUCAAUCUCCUGUAACUUGCACUUUUCCCCAAUCCCUAAUACUCUUGUAUGGCAACCAAAAUUACUGUAAGAAAUAAAUAUCAUAUUGCACUAAGGUGGUGGUUCUGAUUGCAAACAGAGAACACUGUCUGGAGGGUUAUUAAAAACAAAAAUCAAUGACAAAAGUUACCCAAAAAGUUGCAAUCUACUGUUUUUGGAAGUGCAUAAAAUGCUUUAACAAACUGUGAACAGGAUGAAGGUGGAACUAUUGCUUUUAUUGCUGGGGAAAACCUUUCCUUUUGUGUCUCUUCUUUUGGGUUGAAGCAUUCUUUAUGCCCAGCUCGAGGUCAUUUCUGAACUGCACGUUCAGGUUGGGAAUUUGGAAAGUCAGUUUUCAGCAAGUGGCAGCACAAUAGCUUCUCUCUUUGCCUUAAGGUGGAUCCAGACACUGGUGGAAUAUUCCUCCCCUUGCAAGGGGAGCCUGUCGGGAGUGCACGCUCGGAACCCAGUCGUGCACGGCACUGCGCUGCGCUGGGGCUCUGUUCUGUAACCAGGCACGGGGGAGCGGGGGAAAGGGGCCGGAGUGGUUGUAAAGCAGAGCAGCUCUACAGAGGAGAAAAGGGGAGAGUGCUCCUUGUCAGACUCUGUGCAUCUUGUGUCUGAAGCAAUGUACUAGCAGGGUGUAUCUGUACUGUGAAUAAACACGGCCCCAAGCGGCCACAAAUAAGGAAACAACUCAGACCUUCUUUCGGCUUCAAACAAACUCGGUUGUGUUGCUAUCUUUCAAUGCUGAUGCGACGAAGGACGUUUUUUAUUUUCCUUGUCUAAGAUAAUGGAAUAAAUGCCCAGAUCUGUU